AUGUCAACCUCCGCACCAGCCCCCGUUCGGGCCGCCAGCGCCAAGUUCAAUCAGGCUGAUGUUAAAGUCGGAGACCAGUCGUCAUUAUACAAGUUAAUCAUGACGCCAAUCAUCUUCACCACUUUCCUCAUCUCCUUAUUUCUUGUCGACACGCGUAACUCGGCCCUGAGGCGGCAUUACCACGCCUCAGACUCAGAAAGUCGCAUGCCCGAGUGGUUGCACCGGAUUGUUUACAGAUACAAACGGUACGAGUAUGUAGCUGUAGACGAGAAUGGAAAGCCAUUCCCCAUCAGCAACCCUCAGACACUCGCCGUUAGUCCCGGGCAGGAGAAGGAAGACUUCUACCACAGCAAGCAGAAGAAAUUGAUGAAGAUGGAGGUUGCCGAGGCGUUUGAGAUUAGGAGUAUUGUGGUGGUGCUGUUGGGCGUGCUGGGUGUGGCGUUUCUAUGGGGGUCAUGGAAGGCUGCCAGCUGGAUAAUAGGGGGUUUGUGGACAUUGGCCUCGUCACGUUAA